GGUUUUCUAUUGUUGAUGUGAGCUGAGAAGAGAGUAUUAUUGCUUUUAUGGCGACUAUGGAGAGUUUGAUUGGUCUGGUGAAUCGUAUACAGAGAGCUUGUACUGCUCUCGGAGACUAUGGCGGUGGGGACACCACCUUUUCUUCUCUCUGGGACGCUCUUCCCUCUGUUGCCGUCGUCGGUGGCCAGAGUUCUGGGAAGUCCUCGKUUCUAGAGAGCAUUGUUGGUAGAGAUUUUCUUCCUAGAGGAUCUGGGAUUGUCACGAGGCGACCUUUGGUGUUGCAGUUACACAAGACAGAGGGCAGACAAGAGGAGUAUGCAGAAUUUGGACAUAUGCCACGGAGGCGAUUCACUGAUUUUGCUUUGGUGCGAAAGGAGAUUCAAGAUGAAACAGACAGGAUCACGGGGAAGUCAAAACAAAUAUCUCCAAUCCCAAUCCAUCUCAGUAUAUAUUCCCCUAAUGUUGUCAACUUGACGUUAAUUGAUUUACCUGGAUUGACAAAAGUUGCUGUUGAGGGACAACCUGAAACUAUAGUUGAGGACAUUGAAAAGAUGGUUCGAACUUAUGUUGAGAAGCCCAACUCUAUCAUAUUGGCAAUAUCUCCUGCCAACCAAGAUAUAGCAACAUCUGAUGCGAUGAAACUUGCCAGGGAGGUUGAUCCAUCAGGUGAGCGGACGUUUGGGGUGUUGACAAAGCUUGAUUUGAUGGACAAAGGAACUGAUGCAUUGGAUGUCCUUGAAGGAAGAGCUUAUCGUCUUCAGCAUCCUUGGGUGGGGAUCGUGAACAGAUCCCAAGCUGAUAUUAACAAAAAUACUGAUAUGAUUUAUGCAAGGCGGAGGGAGCAAGAGUAUUUUGCCACAAGUCCCGACUAUGGACACUUGGCAAGUAAAAUGGGUUCGGCGUAUCUGGCUAAACUUCUCUCACAGCAUUUGGAAUCUGUAAUCAAAGCAAAAAUACCAGGCAUCACUUCAUUGAUAGACAAAGGUGUCGAUGAGAUGGAAGCAGAGUUAGACCAUCUUGGGAGGCCUAUUGCAGUUGAUGCAGGGGCUCAAAUGUACACUAUCUUGGAACUCUGUCGUGCUUUUGACAAAAUAUUUAAGGAGCAUCUAGAUGGAGGGCGGCCUGGAGGGGACCGAAUAUAUGGAGUGUUUGACAACCAGCUUCCUGCUGCAUUAAGGAAGCUUCCAUUUGACAGGCAUCUUUCUCUACAAAGUGUGAGGAAAAUUGUUUCAGAGGCAGAUGGUUACCAGCCACAUUUGAUCGCUCCAGAACAAGGUUAUAGACGUCUUAUUGAUGGAUCAUUGAAUUAUUUUAGGGGACCAGCUGAAGCUUCUGUAGAUGCAGUGCAUUUCGUCCUUAAAGAACUCGUGAGGAGGUCAAUUGGAGAAACUGAGGAGCUAAGGCGUUUUCCAACUCUGCAAUCUGCCCUUGCUGCUGCUGCUGGUGAAGCAUUGGAAAAAUUCCGUGAUGAAAGUAAGAAGACAGUUGUUAGAUUGGUGGACAUGGAGUCUUCAUACCUGACCGUCGACUUCUUCAGGAGACUUCCCCAAGAAGGGGAGAAAAUGGGGCCCACACCCUCGCCUGGAAAUCACAGAACCUCAUCCGCUGAUCGCAGAAACCCACCUUCAGAACGUGGAAUCCCUGCUGCAGACCGUGGAAACCCUUCUGAUCCAUUAGGGGACAGAUAUGCAGAAGCACACUUUAGGAGAAUAGGCUCAAAUGUAUCCUCUUAUAUCGGUAUGGUGUCGGACACACUCAGGAACACAAUUCCAAAAGCAGUUGUCUAUUGUCAAGUUAAAGAGGCCAAGCAAAAUCUACUCAACUACUUCUACACACAAAUAGGAAGGAAGGAGGGUAAACAGCUUGCAGAGUUACUAGAUGAAGAUCCAUCCUUGAUGUCAAAGAGGCAUGAAAUUGCCAAAAGACUUGAACUAUACAAGGCAGCAAGAAACGAGAUCGAUGCAGUAGCAUGGGUGCGAUAAUGACACCUUUUCAGAGAUA